CCACAAAACCACGCCCAGUAAAACGCUACGCGUCGUCACUCUCGUUGUCUCGCGUCGUCUCCGCUCGUCCCCACCCAAAGCGCACGGCUCGCUGUCGCCGUCCGCGGCCGGGCCGAGGAAAUCGAAGCUGCGGGCCGGCGCGACGCGGGGGAGAGCCGGGAGGGGAGAAACCUCGAAGCCGUCCCUACGUCGCUUCGUGCUCGGGCUCUUCCGGCCGGCGGCAUGGAGAGCGCCGUCCUCGCUUGCAAGGCGCCAGCCGCGGCCGCCGCGCCUGGGGCGGGAGGGGGCGGAGGAGUCGGGGACGUGGUGAGGUUGAAGCGGUCGGCGCUCGCGGCGUGCCUCACAUGUCCGCUCUGCGGCCGCCUCCUCCGCGACGCCGCCACCAUCACCGAGUGCCUCCACACCUUUUGCAGGAAGUGCAUAUUGGAAGAGUUCAUAAAUAAGGAAGUCUGCUGCUGCCCUAUCUGUAGCACUGAUUUGGGCUGGGCUCCGUUGGAGAAACUCAGAAUUGAUCAUAGCCUACAAUAUGUAAGGUCAAAGAUAUUUCCUAAGAAGCAAAAGGUUGAGGGCCCAGAAGUCACAUCGUCAGCUACAUCACCUAUCAAGAGGAAAGAACGAUCUUUAUCUUCGUUGACGAUUCCUGCUCCUCGAGUGUCUAUGCAAAAAUGCUUGACAAAGAGGAGAACAAAAGCUUCAUGUUUACGUAACCUCUCUUUGCACACAAAGUUGCGGGACAGUAAUAUCACAAAGAAAGUUGGGGGAUGGAGACCUUUAGGAUCUCAAUAUAAACCUGCUAAAAAUAAAAGGUCUCCUAGAUCUAAAUCAGAAGAUGUACAGACGACAGAAAAUAAAUCAGAUGAUCCAGUUGAUGAAAUUCCUACCAGUCAAUCAAAGAUUAAAAGGCAGUUUACAAGACGUGGAAAUCUGGAGAAGAGAACAGGAAGCAAGAAACAGUUGAUUUUAAAGGGAAAACAGAAAAACAUCAAGCCAAAGCUGCCUAACAAGAAGAGAAAGUUGCAAGCAUUAUGGUUCUACCUUGUUGCUGCUUUUGACCAGAAAGGUCAACCUCCUCUACCACAGGUAGCGUCAAAAUUUUUGAGGAUCAAGGAUGUAGACUUGCCUGCGUCCUUCUUACAGAAGUACCUCGUGCAGAAACUUAAUCUUUCAAAUGAAGCUGAGGUGGAUAUAUUGUGCGGUGCCAAGCCAGUAAGCCCAGGAAUGACCCUGCACGAUCUAGCAGAUUGCUGGCUCAACAAAGGACAAAAGGGCCGAGUGCGGUCAUCUGUGGGCACACCUGCUGAUGGAUUCAUCGCGAAGGUAUUCUAUGGCAGGUCAGGGUCGUCCACACCUGAAACUGAAAAUAACCAAGGCUGAUCAAGAGCUUUCUCUUCAUUUCUGAAGCAGCGACGUGUCAUUUCAUUCAUAGGAGCCCUUGAUUGCUCUGAGCAUCUUAGCAUGUUCAUAGAUGUCAGUGUUACAGCUUAGAAGCCUUGUUGGGCUUAUUUUUAUCCUCUAGUUGAAGGCAUUGGCCUCUGAUCCUAUUUAGUUUAAUCUGUUCUUUUCCUUCCCGUUUUCACUGACGAAGUGUGUAUGUACCUAGGCUGUGAGACUACAAAUAUGUAGUUGUAUAAGCGAGGAGCUUGUCGCCAUGGAGCUUAUAGUCUAGUCCUCUGCCAAUGUAUGUGAUAUGUGAUGUAUAGUACUUGUGUAUUGUUCGGUUACAUAAUAGCACUUGAAAUUGUCCCCAUUGAGGAUUUGGCCUGAAGUAAAGACAUUGAAUAUUGAUCUA